CUUUCCCUUAUUUUCUUUCUCCUUCUCUCUCUCUCUCUCUCUCUCUCUCUCUAAAUUCUCUCUCUUAGUUUCCCGUUUGAUUUUCAUACUCGCAAACACAAUCAUGGCCGUUCCGAAUUUCUCAUCAUCCACUUCCAGAUAAGUUUUUCGCUCUCUGAGCUCUUUUUUGUUCAUCAAUGUGGCUCCAUUUCUCGGCCCCACCUAGGGUUCUGUCUCUUCCCUUCUCACAGUUCACUCCUCAACCCUACUGUUCAACUUCGAACCCAUUUCCACCUUGUUGCCUCCAAUGAACUAGUGGGAUUCUCUUGUUUUUGCUUCUUUAAUCUGAAUCCUGGUUGAUUUUCACGCCGCCCCAAUUUUCGCUGAAAUGUCAGGCCCUCCGAGAAUCCGGUCUAUGAAUGUGGCGGAUUCCGAUUCCCGACCGGUACUUGGGCCUACCGGGAACAAAGCACGAACUGUAGAGACUAGAAAAUCCGGGGUGAAGCCAUUGAAGAAGCUUGAAAAGCCUCACCAAGAAGCUGAAUCAAAGGACAAGAGGGUGCCAUUGUCGCCGCCUCAAUGUGUUACUACAGUGCCAUCGGUUUUGAGGCAACAGGACCGCCACCAGGCGAUUCUUACCCUCUCGAUGAAUGCAUCGUGUUCUUCUGAUGCAUCGUCUGAUUCGUUUAAUAGUCGAGCAUCUAGCGCUAGAGGUACGAGGCAGCGCGGUCCGAAUUUGAGGAGAAAGUCUAGUAGUUCGGUAAAGAGGGCUGAAAAGGCCGUUGAAAAGGUUGGUGCUGAAAGUGUGGUGGCGGUGGCGAAUACAGUUGGUUGCUUAGAGCCCAAAAAACGAUGCGCUUGGGUAACUUCUAAUACAGAUCCAUGUUAUGCUGCUUUUCAUGAUGAAGAAUGGGGAGUUCCAGUUCACGAUGAUAAAAAAUUGUUCGAACUGCUUUGCCUAUCGGGUGCUUUAGCUGAACUUACGUGGCCUACCAUCCUCAAAAAAAGACAUCUAUUUAGGGAAACCUUCUUGGACUUUGAUCCAAAUGCUGUUUCAAAAUUAAACGAGAAAAAGAUGGUUGCACCUGGAAGUGCUGCUACCUCUUUACUGUCAGAACCCAAGGUGCGAGCUAUCAUUGAAAAUGGUCGUCAAAUGUGCAAGGUAAUUGAUGAAUUUGGAUCCUUCAACGUGUACGUUUGGAACUUUGUCAACCACAAACCUACCAUCAGUCAAUUCCGAUAUCCCCGGCAGGUUCCUGAUAAGACGUCGAAAGCAGAGGUGAUUAGCAAGGAUCUCGUAAAGAGAGGAUUUCGAAGUGUGGGACCAACAGUCAUCUACACAUUCAUGCAGGUGGCCGGGUUAACCAACGACCAUCUCGUCAGUUGCUUUAGAUUCCCAGAAUGUAUCGAGACAACAGAGAAAGGAGAAAGAGAUGGUGACAUCAAGCCUACUAUCAUCGAGAAAAUACCAGAGGCUCUGAAAAACUUGGAACUAUAAAGAAGAAGCCAUGGUCGCCCUUGAACCUUGCCUCAGUGUAAUUAACUUCCAGAGUUCUUUUCUUCUGCCUUUUUUGUAAUGUCCUGUAAAUUCCAUGAUGGGGUAAAUGUUAGCAAUAUUUUGUGUAUAAACUGACUUGGAUACAGAAGACAGCUAGAAUCAGUUCUGUAAGUUUACUACUUUAAGCAUGUGCUUGGUUAUUGCAUUUAGAAUUACAUUUUGAACCA